AAAAGACACAGCUACAAACAGUCACAAACAUCCACAAAUGUCACUAAGCAGGAAGGAGUUUUCUCAAGACUCAGAGCUCCAAGACCUACCAUGCGCAAGCAAUUCCCAGGGCAUAAUGGUAAUAGGAAGGGUGAUAAACCUAACCCUAUAAAGAACAACCACAGUUUUGUAGUACAUUCAACACCCAUGAACACUGACACCUGGAAUGCAGCACUGAUUUCACAUAGACCUGCUCUUGUUCAAGUAAUUGUAAUUGCAUGCGUAGCCUUUACCAUUGCCCUGAUAUGUGGAAUCACUAUUUUCUAUGUGAUAUGUCGGCUGGUGCAGGCUGAGGAAAGACAGCAACUGGUGUCACUUUAUAACAAUGUCAGGAUACCAUUCCUGGGAGAUGACGUCAACGACCAGGACUCUGAGGAAGACAGCCUGGAUGAGUCCACCUGCCUACUUCCAGAGAAUGAGAAGGAGCUGGAAAAGUUCAUUCACUCAGUUAUUAGAUCCAAAAGAAGAAAGCAUAUGGAAAACAGGAGCUUGAAGAAAGAACAAAUUUUAUUAACGGAAACAAAAAUAGGGAAUUCUAUGGACAGUAUAUUCUCAGAGGAUCUGUGAGAGCAAACGAAAGAGAAGC